CUCUCUCUCUCUCCCUCUCUCUCUGAUAUUUGAUCUCUGAUUUCUCUCCUCUUUCUAUCUUUUCACCAUCUGCUGCUUUACGAUUGACACGAUCUCAACAAAAUGGCCUCCGGAUACGAUCGAGCUCUCUCAGUGUUUAGCCCCGACGGGCAUGUAUUCCAGGUGGAAUAUGCCACAGAGGCAGUGAAGCGAGGAACCUGUGCGGUCGGCGUCAAGGGCAAAGAUAUCGUCGUGCUGGGCUGCGAGAAACGGUCGGCGCUGAAACUACAAGACACGCGCAUCACACCCUCCAAGAUCGCCCUGGUGGACAACCACGUGUGCCUGGCGUUCGCGGGCUUGAACGCCGACGCCCGCAUCCUGAUCGAUAAAGCGAGGCUGGAGGCCCAGUCGCACCGGUUGACGGUCGAGGACCCCGUCACGGUCGAGUACAUCACCAAGUACAUUGCCGGAGUGCAGCAGCGGUAUACGCAGAGCGGAGGCGUGCGGCCGUUUGGAAUCAGUACGUUGGUUGUCGGGUUCGAUCCGAACGAUAAACUGCCUAGACUUUACCAGACGGAGCCGUCGGGGAUUUAUUCUGCUUGGAAAGCAAAUGCCAUCGGCCGGUCGAGCAAGACGGUCCGCGAAUUCCUCGAACGCAACCAUCAAGACGAGAUGGACCGCGAAGCCACCAUCCAGUUAACCAUCAAAUCACUGCUCGAGGUCGUGCAGACGGGAGCCAAGAAUAUCGAGGUCGCCAUCAUGGCGCCCGGCAAGGGCAUCGAGAUGCUCCCCGACGAGCAGAUCGAGGCGUACGUCAAGAACAUCGAGACGGAGAAGCAGGAGGAGGCCGCCGCCAAGAAGAAGCCGCGCGGGACUCCCACCGCGGCCAUUUUGACGAGGGAGUAGCUUAGUCCUGUCUAAGUAUCCAAAGCAGACACACUAUCAGACUCUUAAUAAAGAUACUCUACACACUAUCCGUAC